CUUCAAGACCUCACGCCCACAGAUUCUGGCCUGUCCUUGGCCCAAGGCUUUCUGCCAAUGUCGGCUUAGAGCGAGUUUAUCUUCCUCGAAACGUGCUUCUGCACGUUUUUCGAGCCCAGAAUAACGCAAUGUAUAUGAUUCUACCAGACUUCAACCUUCCGCGGCUUUGUGCUCCGAGGAGUUAAAAUGGCCUCGUCUCGUCCAUCUGAAUAUAAGGGAACCAUUGUUUGAGUUCAGAGUCUCUGCGUGCCGCGGAAACACGAUGCUUCCAAGUCUGAAAGGAAGAGACGAUGGCACUGAGGUAGUGGUGCAGCCUCCACUAUCCCAGGCGGUUGGCUACAUCGUAGUCGUCGUUAUCGGUCUGGUCAUUGCAUCAGUGAUGGUCUUCGUGACGAAAUUGCUUAAACGAACGGUGGGUGAAGAUAACAAGAAGACCGAAAUGUUCAUGACCGCCAACCGAAGCGUCACCACUGGCCUCACUUCAUCUGCAGUCGUCUCAUCAUGGCUCUGGUCAACCGCAAUGCUUGGUUCCACCUUAGUCGGAUACGUAAAUGGCAUUUCAGGCCCCUUCUGGUUCGCAGCUGGCUGCAGCCCCAUGAUCGUUUUCUUCGCCGUGCUGGGCAUAUCCUGCAAGCGCAAAAUUCCGGAAGCCCACACGUUGCUCGAGAUUGUCAGAAUUCGAUAUGGUACAGCGGCACAUAUUGUGUACAUGUUCCUAUGCCUGGUCAACAAUCUCUUUGCCGUAGCGAAUAUGCUACUUGGAGCUUCAUCCGCUAUUUCGGCCAUGACCGGGAUGCACAUCAUCGCCGCAACUUUCCUGCUGCCAGUCGGCGUUGCUCUGUAUACAUUCGUUGGGGGCAUCAAGGCGACAUUCCUGACCGAUUAUAUGCACACCUUCACGAUCCUAAUCAUUCUCUGCUACUUCAGCGUGAAGGCCUUCACGCUGGACGAAGUGGGUUCCUUGUCGAAUCUUUUCGAGCUGGUCAAAGCUGCCGGCCAGCGACAUCCGGUUGCUGGGAAUGAGCAGGGAUCCUACUUAACAAUGACCUCCAAGGGCGGGAUACUCUUCGGAAUCCUGCACAUCGCCGCCAACUUCGGUCUGGUCAUCAUGGAUACCAGUUUCUUCAUCAAGGCAUUCUCGGCCAGUCCGCAAGCAGUCGUCCCUGGAUACGUGAUAGGCGGCAUUGCAUACUUCGCCAUUCCUUGGUGCAUGGGCACACUGGCCAGUUCUGUGGUUCUGGGACUGGAAAACACUCCUGUGUUUCCAACCUUUCCAAGGCGUAUGACGUCCCAAGAAAUUUCUGGCGGCCUAGUACUCCCAUACUUUGCCAUGACCAUUGCCGGAAAAGGGGGUGCGGCAGGAAUACUGAUCAUAACUUUCAUGGCAGUCACCUCUACUCUCAGCGCUCAAGUCAUUGCGGUCUCCUCAAUCAUCAGUUUCGAUAUGUACCGGACAUACUUCAACCGCGACGCGAGCGACCGUGAUGUUAUUCGCUGGUCUCAUUAUGGAGUUAUAUUCUUCGCUCUGUUUGCCUCCGCUUUCUCCACGAUGUUGCACUACGUCGGAGUCGAUCUCGGGUGGACACUUUAUAUGCUUGGAGUCCUGACCUGCCCAGGCAUUUUCCCGACCACCUUCACUAUUUUAUGGAGGAGACAGUCAAAAGCCGCUGCUAUCAUUUCACCACUGUUGGGUAUGCUUACUGGAAUAGCCGUGUGGCUGGGGGUCGCAUAUGCCCUCUACGGUGAGGUUACAAUAGCCACAACUGGGGCCACUGUACCUUGCGUAUGGGGAACUGUUGCGUCAGCGAUUUCGCCGCUUCCAUAUUCUGUCAUCAUCACGCUCUUCAAGCCUGAAUAUUUCGAUUGGGCAGACUUCCGCAAAGAAAAGCUUGCAUUCGAAGUAGACACUGCAUCCAUUGCCGGGAGGGCUACCAGUUUUACCUCGAACAUCGAGGGGCAAGAGGCGGAAUCUGCACUGUCAGAGUCUGUACUGAAACGGUGGGGUCGUAUCGCUUCUAUCUGGGCCCUCGCUACCUUCCUUGGUCAUUGGGUUCUUUGGCCAUUGCCCAUGUAUGCCAGCAAGUAUAUCUUCGGCGAACGCUUCUUCGCUGCCUGGAUUGCGAUUGCAAUCAUCUGGCUCUGGGGAACCCUGUUCGUCGUGGGGUUAUAUCCUAUAAUCGACGGACGAAAACAAAUCUGGGAGGUGUGGACUGCCCUACGGGGAGGAGAAUUCAAGAAAGUCAAAAGAGCGGCGCAAAGUGACACAGGAAGUGGAAGCGAAAGCGGAGUUGCAACCCCCGAAAAGGUGAUUGUUGAGAAGUCCUGAUGUUGACAGGCGGAGGUGGAACUUGACAUUGCGAUUACAGUACCUAGCAGCCGAAUUACAAGAUUGUACCGGGUAUUCAUAGAUAGAGACGGGGAGUGCAAGUCUUGUCAGUAUCUCCACUUUUGGAAUAGAGAGGAUCUCGCAGACCAG